AUGGGAAUCUGUUCAAAACAAAACCUUUUUAUUGCGAUGACAGUUAUUUGGGUGGCUUCCCUAGUAUUCGAUGUUCACCGGCAGCCUCGCCUUGGGCAUAAUUGGUACGUCUACAAGUUGGUCAUGUUGACGAAUUUGAAUUUUGUACUUGACGUGUUCUAUUCUGUGUUGGUGGCAGCUGCAUCAAAGAGCAGAGUAUUAAGAAAUAUCGCUGAUUUCAUGUAUUACACUUCAGUAUUCCCCGUUGGAGUGGUCACUUGUGGCUUGUUCUGGGGACUCUAUUUCAUUGAUCCAGCCUUGGUGAUGCCUGAAUGGAUUGCCAAGCUUAUUCCAGCUUGGCUGAAUCACAUCACUCACACCUAUCCAAUCAUUUACAUUUUAUUGGAUAGUUAUUUUCAUAAAAGAAAUGCGCCAGGAACUAUCACAUGUUGGAUUGUCUCCGCUACAUUGGUUUUCAUCUACUUCAUGAUAAUUGGCUAUGUGCGCUUCUAUGAUGGAUACUGGUUGUAUCCAAUACUCCAGUUGUUUUCCAUUCAACAUUUUGUCCUCUCCUACUUUUUGGCGUUCUUCGGAUUUUUCUUGUUGACAAAAGCUGCGUAUUUUCUCAAUAAAAUGAUGCAUCGAACACGCUAUCCAACAACCACUGGAGGAGCGAGAAAAAUGAACAAAAAACGGCAUUAA